AUGCAACAGGCCCGGCUGUCCAUUGCACGCCCCUGCCGUUUCAUCGCCCGCCGCCGUUAUCCCGCGUCCCUGGCCUCGCGCCAACUCCACCAGUCACGCACAUGGCUGUCAUCACCGUCGCCAAAUCCCCCUACCGCUGGGGCUUCCACAUCAGAGAACGUCUUCGAUGAACUUCCCUCGUCCAACGCCGAAGGCGCGACUGCGACCAGCAAUGACUCAGAGGCCACAGUCCACUCCGAGCGGUCAGCCCGAUCAGACGCUAAGCCGUACGGGUCUGCGGUGCGCAGAGCCAUGAGGAAUCGAAAGCUAGCGCAGCAACCCUCUCCACCGGCAGCUACGGUUCCCAACUGGUUUCAUGAGCGGAACACCGUGGUUCACAGUGCCGAGGACCAUGCCGCGGCAUAUUCGUUGCGCCAGGUCAGGAUAGCAAAGUCAGGCUCGGAAUCCAAAGAUACAACCAAGGAAAAUUUGGCUUUGGGAGGAGACGGUGGGAGUUCGUCUUCCCCAAGUAAUCCUCCAGGGGCGGAGAAUCGCUACGCGGUGGCUGAGGCAACAUGGGACGAAUUGCGAGCAUCGGUCAAUGCGGGCUUGCGACUUCCGCCCGCCAAGUAUGCCAAAGAGCCGUCAGUGAAGAAAUCACACCUUGUCCUUCAAUAUCCGGGUACCGACGGCAUCUUAUUUUUGGACGCGGUGGUGAAGAGGCUCGCACACGAGCUCAGCACUGAUCUCGUGACAAUGAACGCGCAGGAUAUUGCUCAGUUGUUUAGCGAGCAGGACCUGACAGACGUUGGCGUGACUUCCCCGAUUCGAUCUCUUGGGUAUGAAGUGUACCGUCCCUCAGCUCCCACUGCUUGGCCAGAAGUGGAAGACACCGAAGGAGAUGGCGAGGAUGGUGCUUCUGACUUGUCAGAUUCUUCGAGGGGAAUACCUGGGGAAAUUGCCAGUCCUCAGUUCAUUACCAUCGAGAAUGGAAAAGACUCGACCGACUUUCCAAUGCCAAACUGGCUGAGGCUAAAAUCACUUGUGGCAUCGAUCAAUGGCCAGCCGGACCAGGACCCAGAAACCGCAGCAUCGCAUUUUUCUGGCCACCGCCUCGAGAACCGCUGGACCCGUCUGGUCAACGAGCUUCUUUCUUCGUCCGGUGCACCGGUUCAGCCUACUUCCAAUGAACCUACCAACCCUUCUGAGGUGAACGCCGCCAAACCCGCAUCCUUUAGAGACGUGAUUGUGCACAUCCAAGAUUAUCGCGAUAUUCAAAGUACCCGGGAGGGCUCCAAAUUUAUCUCGAUGCUGCAGAGGGUCAUUCAAGAUCGAAGACGAGACGGGGCAAAGAUUGUGUUGAUUGGGACUACUUCCCAGGACGUCCACCCUUCGCGAUUACCGGAUGGCUUAAGGCUGUUGCAAAAUGUCUUUGAUGACCACUUCUCAAAGACGCUUGUCGUCACUCCUGCCAUGGGGCUGAAAGAUGCAGCGAAGACUUUCGCCGAAGAUCGAAAGAAACGCACGAUAGAUAUCAACACUCGCCAUUUGCAGAAUAUGCUACGGUUCCGACUGAACGAACAGGCCUCCCCUGUAGAAGAUGAUAUCUUUGGGGGCCGUGCUUGGCCGCUGGAUCCAGCCACCAUCAAGGAAUCUGGCAUCGAAGAUCGGUACUGGACCUAUAACCAAGUGCACUGGAUUGCCACACUAGCACUUGGUUGCGCGGAGGUCAAUGAGCCGUUCGGCUUCAAACAUAUCCGGCGUGGCAUCGAGCUCAUGGCUCAAGGCGACCGGGUCACCCACGAGUGGCUGCAGGACAAGUCUCCCAAGUCAAAAGAGUCGGGAAGUGACGAUAACCGCGAACAGCUGCUGAGCUCGCUACGCAAAACAUGCAAUACCCACGAGAAGAAGCUUCUCAAUGGCGUCGUCGAUGCCAGAAGCAUUCGAACGACGUUUGAAGACGUGCGUGCGCCAUCCGAAACCAUUGACGCACUGAAGACUUUGACUUCGCUUUCCCUCAUUCGCCCUGAGGCUUUCACUUACGGCGUUUUGGCCACGGACAAAAUUCCUGGUCUCCUUCUCUACGGUCCCCCAGGUACGGGUAAGACGCUUUUGGCGAAGGCAGUCGCGCGCGAGAGUGGAGCAACCGUGCUCGAGGUCAGCGGGUCCGAUGUGUAUGACAUGUACGUCGGCGAGGGUGAAAAGAACGUGAAAGCCAUUUUCACACUUGCCAAGAAACUCAGCCCGUGCGUGGUGUUUAUCGAUGAAGCCGACGCCAUCUUCGGUUCGCGCACUGGCGCCAGUAGCCGUACUUCCCACCGAGAGUUGAUCAACCAGUUCCUGCGGGAAUGGGACGGAAUGAAUGAUCUUUCGGCCUUCAUCAUGGUCGCCACCAACCGGCCUUUUGACCUGGACGAUGCCGUUCUCCGUCGUCUUCCCCGCCGACUUUUGGUGGACCUUCCCACUGAAGAAGACCGUCUUGCCAUCUUGAAAAUCCACUUGAAGGACGAACAGCUCGAUUCAUCAGUCGACCUCGCCGAGCUGGCUCGUCGAACUGCGCUAUACUCCGGCUCCGACCUCAAGAAUCUGUCUGUGGCCGCUGCACUGGCAUGCGUUCGAGAAGAAAACGAGGCCGCAGCCGUAGCGCGGCGCCAGGGCAGUACUGAGCCCUAUCAGUACCCGGAGCGGCGCACAUUGAUGCCAGCCCAUUUCGAGCGGGGGAUUGGGGAGAUCAGCGCGUCGAUUAGCGAGGAUAUGUCGUCGCUGUCUGCAAUCCGCAAAUUCGACGAGCAGUAUGGUGACCGGAAGGGCCGGCGCCAGAAGAGUCCCGGUUGGGGAUUCAUACCGGCUCCCAGCGAGGAGGCCACGGCCGAUGCCGCGCGUGUUCGGACAUGA